CACAGCCUAGAGCCAGAGCCAGCCAGCCAGCCCAGCCACCGCGCCCCACAUGCCGACGACGAGCGCGUCGCCGGCGGCGGCGGCGCACCACCGUCGCCGGAGCCGCCGCCGCCCGCCUCCUCCCCCGCGCCAGCCCUGGUGCUGCUCCUUCGGCCUCGAUCCCCUCUCCGCCACCGGCCGGACCCCCGUCCCCGCGCCGCGCCCGCGAGCCGCCCCCACCAAGCCGCCGCCGCCAACGGCUCCGCUCUCCCGCCGCAUAAUACGGUCCCCCGGACGCGUCUCCCCCAUCGACGACCUCUCCACAUGCGCCGCCUCGGCGUGCCCUUCCGCGCGGCUCUCCUCCGUCAGCGAGUGCCCGCCGCCGGCUCCUCCCCUGCCCGCGCCGCCGCCGCCGCUCCCGGCUGUGGAGAAGACAAGGGGCGCUCUGCGGAUCAGGCUCGUGGCCAAGGGUUUGAUCUUGGCGGUCGAUGAGGUGGAGAGGGUGUGUCGGGAGAGCAGAGUGAUCGACAAAGCUCUUCGGGCCGGCGGCGGCGAGGUGGCCGUGGAAGGGAAGGUGGAGGUGUGGGCGGUCAGGGAGGUCGUGGAGAUGAUGCUGGAAGAAGACGACGAGGAUAAAGCGAUGAGGAGGCUCGGCCGUGGUGGCGUGGAGCGCGCCAUUAGUUUGCUCGAGGUAUCAUUCACACUUAUGUUUGACAGAGGAGUUGCCAGCUGUCUAAAAUAUCUUGAGGCUGUCCCAUGGAAUGAACCAGAAGAGGAGAAAAUUAAGAGCUUGCUUUCUCAGUAUUCUUCUAAGAACUCAGCUUCACAAGAUUUGCUAGCAAGGUUGCAGCCACAAAACUCCAGCUCAUCUUCAGAGCUCGUAUCUGAACUCAUACAGUCCAUCACAAAGGGAACCAACAAUAAUGCUCGGAAGGAGCUGCGAACUUUAGUUGAUGGUAUCUUAUCCAAGACCCCGAUCUACAUAAAGGGUGAUAAAGAGCUGGACAAGAUGAACAUUUACCGUACCUGUCAUUCUUGCCUGAACUGUCUGGUGGAAUUAUUUGAAGAAGCCUCUGAUCUGGGCCCUGCUGACCAAACAGCCAUUUCAGUUGGAAAAGGGCCACUUGAGAGAAUAUACAAGCAAGUUGAGGACCUCAACUGGCUGUUGCAGAUUCUAAUAGAAAGGCAGAUGGGAGAGGACUUUGUCGAUCUAUGGGCCAGCCAGAAGAUCCUUGCUAGUAUGCACGGACGGGUGUCACCGAUGGUGCGCUACGAGCUCAGCCGGAUCUCGGCCACAAUUUUUAUCGCCGUGGGCAGUGGGAAGCUCCACUGUACUGGGGAGAAAAGGUUCAGCAUCUUCCAUACCUGGUUCAGGCCAAUGCUGGCAGAUUUUGGCUGGCUCAGGAGGUGUCCGAAGGGUCUCAACAUGACGACGCUGGAGGAAGGAAUCGGGCAGGCGCUGUUAACACUCUCACUGAUGCAGCAGCAGGCAUUGUUCAUGGAGUGGUUUGAGGCUUUUGGUCAGCAAGGCCGGGAAUGCCCAAACCUGAUGAGGGCCUUCCAGAUCUGGUGGCGACGAUCAUUCAUAAGACCGAUCGUUAGUGGCUGAGCAUGAUUACUUGAUUCUUGCGAUCCAUCACCUUGGAAGUAAUGCUUCCGAUAUCUAAAAAUAUCGGCUAAGUUGCGCGUGUGUAUGACUGUAUUCUAUGUGUUCGAUGUUUGAUAAUGAUGAUAGAAGUAUAUGUAUAGCUCAUGUGUGGGAUCCCUAACGAAGCCUCUGCCUCUGACUGUAUCUGCAAUUCUUUCUCUACCGGGAUGUAACAGGAACACAUUCUUUAGUUGUUUCAUAUUGAACACAAGGCAUUUGCUGCGGGUGGUUGAGAAGUUGCUCCAUGUUUAUUCUCCA